AUGGCGACGGCAUCACUGCGACAGGUAGCAGUGGCAGCACGGAGGGUGAGAAUUUCGGCGUUCCCGCUGCGAUCCGUCACGCUCCAAGCUGGGGGCACGCGACAGCUGUGUGGUGCUGUCGAGGUUCUGCGGCGGGGGAGAGACGCUCCAACAUGCCGGCGAAUACCGUUGUGGUCCAAGGGUAUAGAGAUUCCCGGCGCGAGAGCGACAUACUCGGCGCAAUCGAGAGACAUCUCGACCACUCCAUCCCAGGCAACUAGCACAGCAUCAUCUGCCUCCCGGACGUUCCUACGCCAUGCAUCACGCUCGCUCUCACAAAGGAGCUUUCUCCUACUCACUGCUCGAUCAACCCAGAUCCGCCACGCCUCUUCCAGCACCCCGGCCACCCCACCCAAGAAAGCGACCGAGAUCCUCAAGCAACCCAUCAAAACCCUCUCCUCCCUCACCCCCCACGAGAACAUCUACAACCUCCCCAACAUCCUCACCUUCACGCGCCUCCUCGCCGCCCCCGCGGUCGGCUACCUCAUCCUCUCGCCCAGCUACCCGCCCAUCUACGCGCUCAGCCUCUUCUUCUACGCGGGCGUCACCGACCUAGUCGACGGCUACCUCGCGCGCCGCCUCAACCUCCACACGGUCGUCGGCUCCGUCAUCGACCCCAUGGCCGACAAGCUGCUCAUGACCAUCUGCACCGUCAGCCUGGGCGUCACGGGGAUCCUCCCCUGGUGGGCCGCGACCGUCAUCGUGGGCCGCGACGUCGCGCUCGCCAUCUCCGCCAUCUGGUGGCGCUGGAUCAGUCUGCCGCCGCCGAAAACCAUGGCGCGCUAUUGGGACUUCAGCCUGCCGAGUGCGGAGGUGUAUCCGACGGAGAUCAGCAAGAUCAACACGCUGCUGCAGCUGUUGCUGAUUGGGAAUGCGAUGCUGUUGCCGGUGCUGCCCGAGGCGUGGGUCGCGGCGGGGAAUCUGUGGGGGGUGUUUGAGGGGUGGUGUGGGCUGGUCGCGGGCACCACGGUGUGGAGUGGCCUGAGUUAUGUGGGGAAUAAGGACGCGGUCAAGAUUGUGAGUCAGGAGCAGAUGCGGAGGGCGCUGGAGGAGAAAGAGGCGGGGCCGGACAAGGAGACGAAGUAG